AGAAAUUUUAUGGGAAAUCAAAUUAAUUGAUUUAAAACUUUUUCCUAAUAUUAUCUUUCAAAAGACAAAAACGAAAGACAAAAAUGAAAGGGAAAAUAAAAAGGAAUAAUCUAGUGGCAGGUGGCCGUUGGGGGGCUUGGUACGAGGAAGAAGAAGGAGAGGGAGAAGUUGCGGAAUCGAGUACGUAUUGUAGGAAUUAAGGAAAGGAGUAGAGAAAUCGCGGGAAUAUGGCGGACAGUUGCUUGGGUCCCUUAAAACCCACUUCCCUUCUCCUUUCUCACCCAAUUCCCUUCACAUUUUCUCCUUCUUCCCUUCCCCGUCUUCAUCCCAAACUAUCCUUCUCCGCCGCCUCUUCAAAAUCCCUGCUUUCUUCUUCUUCCGUUUCUCCUUCGAUGUCUUCCAUUCCUAAUGGCUCCCUCCACCCUGCUGAUCCUUUUCUUGCUCAAAACGGUCACUCCGCCUCUUCCGCCCCUGAUUAUCAGCCCUCCCUUCUUGUCUUCUCGGGUGGAACCGCCUUUAAUGGAGUCGUAGAAGAGCUGAAGAAGUUAACUACCCGAGUAGCUCAUGUCCUUCCGGUUUCUGAUGAUGGGGGAAGUACUGCAGAGAUUGUGCGUGUUCUGGGUGGCCCAGCUGUUGGUGACAUUCGUUCAAGAUGUUUGAGAUUGUCUGACCAAAGCACUUCUGAGGCUCUUUCAGUCCGAAUGUUGCUCGGUCACCGGUUACCCCUUGAUGCAGAAGUGGCCAAAUUAGAGUGGUACAGCAUUGUGGAAGGAAAGCAUUCCCUUUGGAAAGGUGUCUCGAAACCCUACAGGGAAACUAUACGAGCCUUCUUGGUAUAUUUUCAGGAUCAGAUCCUACGUCAUGCGGAUGAUCAAUUUUGCUUCAGCAACGGAAGCAUUGGGAACUUCUUCUUUGCUGGGGCCCGGAUUUUCUUUCAGUCUUUAGAUGCUGCUAUCUUUUUGUUCUCACGUGUUUCAGAUAUUCCCACAGAAAGUGUGGUCCUCCCAGUGAUAUCCACCAACGACAGGCUUACAUUGGGUUGUGAACUAUGGGAUGGAACCAUCAUUCGUGGGCAAAAUGAAAUAUCUCAUCCAAGCAGUGGAUCAGUGUCAACUAUAGACAAGGGAAAUUCUUCGGCUCCUGCUCUUCCUUCAAGGAUUAAACGAGUAUUCUACAUGUCCAGCGAAGGCUGCAAUCUACUGCAUGAGGUUUUUCCUAUUGUGAACCCAACUGUCCUGGAAAAGUUGCAGACCGUUGACUGCAUCAUCUUUGCCAUGGGAUCACUCUUUACAUCUCUUUGCCCCUCUCUGGUUUUACGUGGAGUCGGAGAGAUUAUCUCAUCAAGGUCGUGUCCCAAGGUGCUGUUAUUGAAUGGUACUCCAGAUCGUGAAACUACUGGUUUUACGGCAUCUAGCUUUGUGACUGCAAUCACAGAUGCCUUAAAUCGAACCUAUGGUGAUCCUCAUAAUUGUCUUAAUAACAGGCCAAAUGAAUACAUCAACACAAUUUUGGUUCCUAAAGACAGUCAGAUUCCUGUAGAUGUUGAACUUUUGGCUGCCCAAGGCAUUUCACAUGUGGUUACUGUUGAUUCAAUAAAAGACCCAAAAGUGGGUGUAAUUUUCGCUCCGGAGUCAUUGAUACAAGCACUCUCUGAUCUGUUUAAUGCAUCUAUGUAUAAACAUGUGAAUCGGACUUGACCAUUCUUUGAUUUUGGAUGACAUUAGAGGGCGCUAGUUCAGCUGUUUAGAUUCUUCUCUACCAGGUAAAUGUUAAAAACUGUAGAACUCAGUAGGACUGGUGAAAACUGGAUCUUUAUAUGCUGAUCACGCUGUAAUCAAACUGUUAAAUAAACAGAUGAAACCUGAAUGAGUUCUGCAUUUCACCUGGUGCUGCUGUUGAUAUAUAACUUGUCUUGGUACACAUUGAAGAUCUUAGGAGCAUGGAGAUCAUUUUCAUUCUUUGGAAUUGCCACUUCUUUCUUGUUGAAGGCAGUGAAAUAAACCAUUAUAGCCAUCUGUACAGAAUCUUAGAUAGGAUAGGACUGCUUUAUACCAUUUUUUCGCUCUUGUGGUCGAAGGCCGAUUAUUGUGUUUCAGUUCGUUAACAAGAUGAUGGAUCCUUCAGUGGUAAUAUUUUGCUUUUUUGCUUCAUUGUUGGGUUUAACUAUGGUAGUACCAUUUACCUCUCUGCAUUGACGAUGAUCUUCGUAAAUUAAAUAGAUACUGCAGUCAUAUAUCUGAAGUCACACCAAGAUUAAACCAAUACAAGAAAUUUGCAUGCAAAUCACAUAGUGGGAUAGAUACAUUCUAUUGUAAUUCCACACAAGCCUUCCUUAGCCUUGACAUCUCUUUCAAGCCUCAUGUAACCCUUUUCUCCCCAAGUAGUUCCCCAUGAAUUCUUAAUAAGCCAAUACUUCAGCUUUCCGGCGGUACCAUAGCCAAUCAAAGUCACGCCGAGGUCUACUUCAGUUCCACAUGGUCCAGUGAAGACACCACUUUUAUAAAACUGGAAGGCCGGACCGGAGGCAUCGACCAUGACAGCCACUGGUUGGUUUGCUACUGCUUGUAAAAGUGUCAAUUCAUUGUCAGCCGGUACUUUUUUAUAGCCGCCAAUCUUGGCAACAGGUUCUUUUUCCUUGUUGGUAUUACAAGAGCCUGCACUAUUACCGGAAGGAUAGUUGCUCUCAGUAGUGAGACCAUGCUGUUUAAUGAACUCGAAGGCAUCUUUAGCAAAUCCUCCUUCACAACCAUGGCCGCCAUCAUCACAGUCUACAAUUUCUUGAAUUGACAAGGUGUAAAGCUUGCCAGUGUUGAUCUUUGUGAGCCCUUCUACGGUAUCAACAGCAGGAAUCGCCCAACCUCCUGUGCAUUAUGACAAACUCUUUUACACGGUGAGUAGAAAGAUACAUUAAAAACCAAUAGAUAUUAGAAGUAUAAAAACAAACUUACCACAUGUUGAACCCCUAAUUGGAGUAACAGCUCCUUUCUGCCUCCAAUCAAUGCUUGGGGGAAUCAGUGUCAUAUUUUCAUACCUGAUGGACUUUGUUGUCUUUGGGGAGAUACCGUAUCUGAUAUGAGCUGCUUUAAAUUCUUCAUUGGUCAGGUCUGCAUAUUCAUUCAAACCAAGCUUAUAAGGCUGAUUUCCUGCAUUAUUCACAGAUUCUAUGAACUCAACAUUUGCUUUGAAGAUGUUGUAGCGCUUUUCCUUCUCUGCAGCGUCCUUGUACUCACGUCCAUAGGUAGCCAUCCAUUGCUCAUGCCUUUCUGUCAUGGAAGGCGAAUGGAUUGCACGAGACAGGGCUUGUGGAACCCCUGAAAAUACUAUGAUCAUUACACAAAGCGCACCUACCUUCAUCAAACUCAACGCCAUUAUGCGAUUACUAUCUAUGCAGAGCUGAUGAACACGAACUCAUACUUAUGUAGGUUUCAAAGAGUUGGCCAUCGUGAUACUUAGCUACUCCAUUUUGUUUUAUUUAACUCAAUGUCCAUUUUAUCCUACCGUGCAUUGCACGAUGGUUUUGCGUGAGACCAAUUUACGGCAUCAAACGAAGAUGAUAUAUGACGAUUCAACUUUCAUUUGCACCAUAUGAAAAAUGCAGUUUUGAUGGUCCGCUUAGGCCUUGGAGAGUGUGAAAGAGAAGGAAAGUUGAAUAUGAU